UACUAUAUAUAUAUAUAUAUCUUCCCCUCUCAGUUCGUCACAGUUACCUCAGCCAUUCACAACCACAAAUUUUUCAUCAAUGCCGUUUGACAAGGUGACGGUUUAGAUAACUGUCACUUGCGAGUUCGAACCCUACCUGCGUCGGCUUCGCCAUUCCUUCCAAAAUCGAUGAAUUAAGUACCAGUCAAGUACUGUGUACUUAGGAAAUUAUUAUCCUUAUUGUUAUACUUUAAUAUUCAUGCAUUUAAAUUUUUGCAUUUCACUAAUUUGGACAUUGCAUCGUGCCUAUCUUUAUCUAUUGCCUGGAUCCCGUGUUGUUGUUAAUUGUAUUGCGUGCAAAACGGGACAUUUUUAAUCAAACGAAACCAAAGCGACAAGAAAAAUUUAAAUCACACACACACACACACACACACACACAGAAGCACUUUAUAUUCAUACAUACACGAAAUUCGGCUCUUGGGUUACUGUAACUUCUGACCAUUACACUCUCUGGAAAUUAUUAUAUCCUCAAAGAAAAAGGAAAACUUCGUUUUGACUAUAUUUAACCCCAAGAAAAUAUACUCACACACAUACACAUAUAAAAGAGGGAGAGAAAGAGUGAGAGAGAGAGAGGAAAAAAGAGAGAGAGAAAGAGUGAGAGAGAGAGAGAGAGAACCUGUUUCCUUUUCUUUUUUUUAUUUGUCUCGCCGCCUCGCCCUAACAGCAUUCAAUUUAUUCAUUUUGAAUUUGGAGUUUUAGAAAUCGAGUCGGACUGACUGAAGGCUGCUCCGUCUUGAAAAAGCAAGGAUACCCCGAGCUACAUGUGCGUAAACGAGAUAUGGGAUGUUGUGAUGUUGAACCAUUAUCCAAAACAGUCGCAAUUGUUCGUAUAAAGAUAGACAAAUAUAAUAUCUACAAUCUUUAAUUUUAACAUAUUACAGUCUUAUAUAUACAUACAUCUUAUACAUACUGGGAAUAUCUGGAUAUUUUAGCGGCCAAGAUGAAUAGUAAUGCUGCUUGUGACCCGCUCUCUCCACCGGCUACCCCUACAAGUCCGGAAUGCAAUGAUACUGAGCGUGAUGCCGCUGAAAUGUUACUCUCCCUCACUUCGAGAGACAACCGGCUUAUGUACCACCACAACCCACCCUGUACACCCCCUGAUGUCAGUAGCUCAGUCAUUAAUCCAAUCAAUGGCACUAAUGAUAUUGUUUAUGCGCGUAACUCAUCCAGACUGGAGCAGCUUCUCAACGGUGAAAAGAACCCAUCCAACAGAAUCUCUGUUAUAAAGAACUACACCAUCUCAUCUCUGUGUGACGUUCAAAAGUUACCGUCAUCUGAAGACAGAACAAAAUCUGCUGCUAUACCAAAAUCUGUGAUCACCAGCACAGGCAAUGUGAACUAUAGAGCUGUCAGUAACUCACUGAACACCUCCUUAUCUCCUUCAUCUACCCUUCCAGAGGAUAAGGGUCGUGCUUUUGCCACACUUCAGUCAAACCCUGUAACUCCUCUCAAAAACAAUAUUCCUGUAUAUGCUCCAGAAAGUGCACCACCCACUGCAAUUCCUGGGCCAGCCCAAGCUGUUGUAGUAGUACCUGAUACAAUGUGUAAUAUACCUUCGGCUGCCACCAUUAGUGCUGCUAAUACUACAACUGCAGCCCCUCCUAUUCCUGCAAAUCAAGCAAUCUUACUGUACCCUGGAAAUUACCCACCCCAGCUGGCUAUAAACAUAGUGUUUCUUCAAGUGAACAAGAAUUCCAAGGAUUUUCCUGAGAGAACCCUUGCUGACAAACUGUGCCCAAUUGCUCCAGCCCCUGCUCCAGGAGUCCCCAAUAAGAACUUUUCCAACCAUUUUUCAGAUUGUAAACAAAAAAAGCAUGUUUGUCCAUAUGCCAACUGUGGCAAGUCGUACAAGAAGAGUUCACAUCUAAAGACCCACAUCAGGAACCACACAGGUGAAAAACCAUUCAAGUGUGACUGGGUGAACUGCAAACAGCAGUUUGCACGGUCUGAUGAACUCACACGGCACAAAAGAGCACAUACAGGUGAAAAGAAUUUCAAGUGUCACAUAUGUGGACGUUGCUUUGUGCGAUCUGAUCACCGUACCAAACAUGUGAAGACACAUAACAAACAGAAAUCUCAGUCAAGCAACAUCAGCAGCAACAGUUUCAAUACCCCUCACAUCUCAUAAAAUAAUAUACAUACAUACACACACACACACAUAUAUAUAUAUAUAUAUAUAUAAACAUAAACUGUCUGAUUUCGUCUAAAAUGAUAAACCAGAAAGUAAUUCAAUGAAACUGAUGAAAUAUAAAUAUACAUGUAUGCCCAUAUAGAUAUGUAUAUAAAUGUGUACAUCUAUAUACAUGUCAUCAUCAUCAUCGUCAUCAUUGGCUUAUAUCUGUUUUAUCAUACAGGCAUAGAUUAGACGGGAAGGGUUUGUUCUGGUACAGUAUCUCUCUACUUAUUUGUAGUCUUUCAUCAUUUACCAUACCCAAUAACAGAGAAAACCCACCAGUCUAUGUUGUUUUGUAUGCUAAGUUAGUUGCCAGUGAUGUCACAGCUGAAUACCCCUCGUGUGUUACCAGAUACUUCACAACAUGGACUGAUGAACUGACCGUGUUUAGAGAGGUUGUCUUCAAGGACUAACGUGUUUUCUCUAUGAAGUUUCUGCUUUUAUUCAGUUACUCUUCUCCUAGCCAGGUGACCAUCGCUGCAACUUUUGAGAUCCAUGUCUCCUCCAUGUCUUUUUUUUUUUUGUUCUGCCUGGAUUUUUUAAAACUGCUGGCUGCUUUUUAUAUCACCAACCAUUUUAUAGCAUUUUACCAUAACAUACACAGACACACACACAUGUAUGUGUGUAUGUAUGUACUGGAUGCGCCAAAAAACCUCCCAGAUUCACCAUUCUUAAAUCCUUUAGCAUUCAGAAUAUUCUCUCAAAUGUAUUGCUUAUUUAUUCACAUUGUUUUGAAUUAAUCAUGCAUUAAACUUGUAGCUAAGGCAUUUUCAUGAUGUGACUGCAUAGUUUUAGAAAGACAUUAUAGGAUAGCUGUGAGAAAUCAGAUCUGGACAGUUUUCACAUAAAACCGGUUGAAUAAUCAAGCCAGAUAUGGCUGGUGUGAAUCCUAAAGGGUUAAUAUAUAUUUCAACAGUGCAUACACAGUGUGCACUGGGUCAAACCAUACUGGUAACUAGUGAAAAAAAAUUAAUUCCAUGGCAACACCAUUAUUAAAUACCUAAUUUUACUAGAGUCACAUCUGUAGCCAUUGAAAAAAGGGAGGGGUUUUUUUUCCUGCUGCACCGUGUGUGCAUGCAUAUGUAUGAAUGAAUACUAUAUAUAUAUAUAUAUAUAUAUAUAUAUAUAUAUAUUGAUUCUACAAUGCUAAGUCCCAAAAUGAAGAGUGCUCUUACAAAGUGAGAUAUAAUCACAAUUUAUUAUUAUAAUUCAAAAAUGUACCACAAUUCUUGGACAGAAAUGCAACAACUACUUAUUCUCUCAUCAGGCUACAAGUUCUGUCCGUGAUAUGUAACAUAUUUGUCCAACAACAAUAAUAAUAAUAAUAAUAAUAAUAAUAAUAAUAAUAAUAAUAAAUGGUGUAAGGAAGUAGUUGGAUACUGUACUUUUUUUUUUUCCAUGUAAAGUACCAAAGUGCUCAAUAGUCUCUUGUGGAGCAUCUCCUAAAGAGAACAUUUUAUAUAUGUUUAAUGCAGGUGUUUGUUGAAUAUUGCAAAUUUCUGCGCUGGUUGAGGAAGCUACAGCAAUGCAAAGAAGACAGAAGUGUAAGAUCUUCAACAUAUUUGACCUUCAUUGAAACUUGCUGUUUGAUGUUAACCUUCAUUUCAAAACUUGACCUUACUGUAUCUGUAAAGUGAGGGCAUAUUGUCCCAAAGUGUAAAUUUUUGUCAGUGCAGUUUGGUCUUGGUCUGGUCUGAUUUUGGUUACCAUACUGCUUUGCUUUUAAAUUUUAUUUAUUUAUAUAUUUAUAUUUUUGGUAGUGUGGGAGGCCCAAAAUUGACCUAGCAUGACAUUUGACUAAUGAAAGAGUAAACAAAUGCAGACAUUUGAAACUAUGACUGAUUGGCAUUAUAAUAAAGUUUUUCCUUUUUUUUUUUUAAUUAAGAUUUUUAUUCUGAGGGAGGAUGGUCAAUAGCCAUGUCUCCUUUGUUGCAAGCUUACCUUCCCAUAGAGGUGAGAUCAGUGUGGUUGUUGUCCAUCUUGAGUCUGUAUGAUCAGUGUAUUUAGUGAAUAUAAAAAAAUGAGAGAGAGAUGUGGGCAACAAAGGAUGGGGUCCUCAGAAGUUCCUUAUUUGGGAAGAGAAGAAUUAGGGGAAAUGUUUCAUAAAAGAUAGUAUAGGGUUCUGAGACACAGUACAAAUCAGAAUAUGUUAAGCUCUAGUGCUACUUAGUUUACAACUAGUUCAAAGAAGCAGAAACUGUUGUAGUAAUGUAGUAACAGCAGAAGAAAGACUGGGAGGAAAUACAGCAAAUCUGCUAGGCUAGUGGUAUUGGUGAUUUGGUAAAUGCUCAUUAACCAAUCAAUUGAAGAAAUUAAUUUUAAUCAGAGUUAAUGAGAUACAGGUUUAGAUUAUCUACGUACAUAGCAACCUCUCCAUCCUAGACAUCUGGGCAAUUGAUUCUGCAUUUUAUCCUUUCAGCUUUCAUACCAUAUGAGAGCAAGAUGUGUUAAUAGAAUAUUAGGUACCAGUUAUAUAUUUGGGCACAUUGCUACAUGGUUUGUUCAAAUUAAGCAAUUGUCUGAUUAACAAUGUGUGUGUGUACGUCCUACUGCAUCCAACAUUUUAAAAUACACAGGCAUGGUUACCAUUUUGAAUACUACUGGACCCUGCAGUGAUUCUCAUAAGAGUUUUACGCUCUUUGUCUGCCAGUAGAUCACAUUUUGUUUUCUUUCACCAGAAAUGGAAACAAUAUAUAUAAAUGCAUAUAAAUCUGCAAACAUUUGGAUGAAUUUAGGUGUGUAUUACAUGGGAACAUACUGUGGCACUCAAUUUAAUGUAGUGGUUAUGAUGGAGCUUGUUGCACAUAAGACCAUACAGCUCAGCACUGCAUACCAAUCAGGUCUCUGUUAUACACACAAGGGUCUUUGCCUUACUAUGGUAUUUACGCAUACACACACACACACACACACACACACACAGUGUUUCUGCCACCUACAUCAAUGAACUUUAAAAUAGAUCUGUCAACUAUAACAAGUAUUUCAGACCAUUGAUCAAACUGCUUGCUCAUUGAAUUGUAAGUGGUUGAGUAUAGCACAGACAUGUGUAUCCUUAACAUAAUUGUCAGGCAGGGUUAGUGCGACACUGUGUUUGACAAAGGUUGUACCUUCAGAAUUACUGCUAUAGUCUUUUGGAUUGAAACCAAUACCAGAAUAAAAUAUCUUGUUUCUUUCCAUAAAUUUCCCUACCUCCGUUUCGUCCUGGCCUGCAUCAUCGUUUUAUCAUCCACACUUUUUCAUGCUCGCAUGGGUCCGAUCAAGACUCUCUUAAGGCAGGGGCACAUUGGGCAGUUGCCCAAUGGCCUCACAAGUCUAAGGACCAAAUUCUUGGUCUAUGCAUGGCGUGAUGUACUUCAAUAAAUGAAUACUAUAGGGUCCAGGACCUGUAAUACUGCUAAGAAGGCCUCGUGUCAGAUGGAGUGUGUUUAGACAGAUAUUUUAAAACUGAAUGUUCUUCCUGUUACCAAUCUUCACCUACUUUUUUCAUGGAAGACUGGAAAUAAACAGCACCAUUUGUAUGACAGUGAUGCUCAUUUACAACUGUCAUAUGAUGUCAAAACACGAGUGUGCACCUACACACAUAUGCAUAUAUACAUAUAUAUAUAUAUAUAUAUAUGAUGGUCUUCUUUCUUUUUCUGUGUUCCAAAUGCACUCAAGACUUUGGUCAACCCAGGGCUAUAGUCAAAGAGAUUUGCCCAAGUACCACACAAUGGGACACACACACACACACACACACACACACAUACAUACACAUGUAUAUAUAAGUGGUCAGGGUAUUGAACUCAUAAUCAUGAUAUCAUAGGUUCAGUUCCUGGGCAGCAUGUGUGCAUUUCAUUUCAUUUCAUGUUGUUCUAGUUCCACAGACAAAAAUAAGUACCAACUUAGUACUAGUACACGUCUCUCUCCUUAGUUUUCACAUUCUGGAUAUUCUGCUGGAUCAAGAACAGGGGAAGCUGAAUGACUGUUUGUGUCUGUUUGCAUAAACUUAGGAGCGACCCAUAAUUCACAAAAAUACAGUACAUAUUAUCAAUUGUUUCUCACAAGUGAUGGCUGCUGUAGUUUAUCUGUUGAGAAGAAACCUGUCUGAUUAAAAGACAGUUUGACAUAUCAGUCCGACCAAUUUAAUUUUGUUUUAUAGCUACAGUUACCAUGACCAUCUCUACAGAACAAGUAAUAUUGAGUGAGAUGAAUGCAUUGUCAUUUCAUUACUUUGAAAACUCAUAAAAUUUUGUGUAAAUUAUGUAAAAAUUUUGUAAAGUAUAUACAAAUUAUGAAUGUAUGUGUAUUAUAUAUAUAUAUGUAAGUAUGUGUUGGUGUAAUUGUAUCAUGUAUGUAUAUAUCUAAAUGUUCUUUUAAAGCAACUUUUAAAAUAACACACAUUUACAGAUGGUGUAGUGGAAGGACUCUGCUCAGAGUACAGUCAAACUUUUUGUAAAAUUCUUGUUGACUAGGACUUAAAGAUUCACCUGAUGGUUUAUUCCACCAAUGUGUGCAUGUGUAUAUAUAUGUAUGCAUAUAUAUAUAUAUGUGUGUGUUUGUGUGUGCGCGUUUAUAUGUGUAUGUGUGUGCAUGUAUAAAGAAAGAACACAAAUGGGUUGAGGUACACUACAGCUGUUCCAAACAUGUUUUUUUAUGGAUGAGUGAACUGAUUAUCUCUUUUGUGAAUGUAUCUAUAUAUAUGUAUACGUAUAUAUGUAUACGUAUAUAUAUGUAUACGUAUAUAUAUAUGUAUACGUAUAUAUAUAUAUGUAUACGUAUAUAUAUGUAUACGUAUAUAUAUAUAUGUAUACGUAUAUAUAUAUAUAUAUAUAUGUAUACGUAUAUAUAUAUAUGUAUACGUAUAUAUAUAUAUGUAUACGUAUAUAUAUAUAUGUAUACGUAUAUAUAUAUAUAUGUAUUCGUAUAUAUAUAUAUAUAUAUGUAUACGUAUAUAUAUAUAUGUAUAUGUAUAUAUAUAUAUAUAUAUGUAUACGUAUAUAUAUAUAUAUAUAUGUGUGUGUGUGUGUAUACGUAUAUAUGUAUGUAUGUGUGUGUGUGUGUGUGUGUGUGUGUGUGUAUAUAAAGAAAGAACACAAAUAAGUUGAGGUUCACUACAGCUGUUUCAGGAGUCUUUUUUUAUUGAAUAAACCUAUUACAUCAUAAAAUAACUGUUUUCUUCAGGUGAAUUAAAAAUUUGGUUCAGAAAAAAUAUCAAGAUAUGGAAUGUGUGUUGAGCCUCCCAUUUUUGCAACGAGUAAGAGAGUAUACAUGUAUAUGUGUAGGUUGUUUUACUAUGAAGUGCCCGUUAUGUAUGGAGGGUUGAUUCAGUCCGUUAAUACACACACAUCACCUUCAGACUAUAGGCCUUGUAGCAAUAUAUUAAAUAAUAUUGUUAUAAUAAUAAUGAUAAUGCUUUUGUUAUUUUUAAAUAUUAUUUAAAUGAAAAAAACUAUUAAAACCAUAAUAACAAUAAUGAUAUAUUGCAUAUGUUUCAAGUUGUUUAUUAUAUAUAUAUAAAUAUACACAUUAUAUAUUUGUUACUUUUUUGAUACUGUUUGAUAUUAAAUACCAUUAUUGUUGUUGGUUA